CAACACGUGCCCCGUCGGAUUUCGUCGCCCGCGCUCUCCACCUUCGCUGCAUGCCGGUCCACCGCCUCGCAGUGUUUAAAUCUUGAAUUUGCCAGGAACUCACCGUCUUCACAUCUACGUCACGCCAACCCCCAUCGACCUCUGCUCCUAGACAAACGAGUGACGGCCAGGUCGCACAGGCGAUUGCCGUCAUGUCAACCGAGUCAGACAAGAAGAACCAAGAGGGGCGGUGGUCGCGAUGGGGCCGCUCGGGCUUCGAGAAGUCGAUCAAGGUGUCCGACUGGGUCUCUGGCUAUGCCAAUGCCGUCUCGGCCAAGGUCGGUGGCGAACGCUUCUGGCCAAUGUCAAAUGACAUGCCGCUCGAGAUCGAAAAGUGCGAGAGGAUCCUGCGGGCCUUUACCGUCGAAGGCAUACCGCAAAAGGAGGAAAAAGAAGAAGAGGUCUCGGACGGCAAGGGGAACAUCGUCAAGAAGAAGAGAAAGGUCCUGAAGAAGAUUCCUCCAUCGGCCAUCAAAAAGGCAAAGGGGAUCUGCAUCUUCUCGAGCAUGCGUAGCGGUAUCGCGCCCUUUGGAGGCGGCGGUGGCGCCGGUCUCGUCCUCGCCCGACUGCCCGAUGGUUCGUGGUCCGCACCCUCUGCCAUCUCUCCCAACAACAUGUCGGCAGGCCUCUUGCUGGGCAUCGAUUUCAUCGACGCCAUCCUUCUCAUCAACACGGACAAGGCUCUCGAUACUUUCAAGACGCACAAAUUCACCAUUGGCGCCGAAACAGCCAUCACUGCUGGCCCUGUAGGCGCGGGCACGAGCGCCGAAGCAGGCAUCGAGAGGUCGCCCAUCUUCUCGUAUGUCCGAACGAGAGGCAUGUACGCUGGCGUCGAGCUCAUGGGCCAGGUCUUCUUCGACCGCUUCGAUGAGAAUGAACGCUUCUAUUACUGGCCUGGAAUCAAAGCCGGCGACAUCCUCACGGGCAAGGUCAGGAUCCCUCCAGCUGCCUUUUCCCUCCAUCGGGCGCUCCUCGACGCAGAAUCGGGCAAAGCCCAAGGCGGCAAGCUCGAGAGGACGGUGUACGAUGUGGUCAAGAUGCCCGAGUCGAUGGUGAUCAAGGCGCUCCAGGACAAGCCCAAGAGUAAUCGGCGCUUUGUCGCGGGCACGCCUGGGGAAACGCCCCCGACACCCGACGCAACUCCUUCGACGUCCAAGAUGCCGCUUGGGGAGGGCGACGAGGGUGAGGGAACCCUGUCGUCAGCAGGCCAAGAGCCAGCAUUUACCUUUACCUCUAAUGGUGCCGAGGAAGACGAGGAUGAGAUCGUCCACGAUGGCGAGAAGCUUCGGCUGCCACCAACGCCCCAGGAGCUCGAGGCGCUCGAACGAGCAGGCAUUCCUGACGAAGAAGACGCCAGGCUCGAGCAGGAGGACAGGGCAAAGGUGUACAGCAUGCCUCCCCCGCCGAUUCAUCCCAUCGUGCAGCGGUACUGGAGAGUACGGCCCGAUUUGGCGAAAAAGAGGCGCACGGCGCAGCUGGAGAUGGAUGGCCCGUACGGUGCCGAGGUCAGAGAGGCCCAGUACGUCCCUCUGCCACCCUCUCCUACACUCGAGGUCGUCGGAGAAGAGGGAGAAGAGGGGGAGUUCAACGUCAUCGCCAGCCUCGAGAAGCAAGCCAACGAACAGGUCGAGCAGGAGCAGACAGAAUUGAAGCAGAGGGACGACCUGGAAGACGGUAAGAGGGCGAGGGAUUCAUUGAAGCUUGCCGGUGAGCGAGACGACCUCGAGUCCGGGACAAUCUUGGAAGGUGUGGAUGAGGAGGAGGCGGACCGAAUGAUGGACAGCGUCGCGGGACGAACGACAGCCUCGGAAGGGCAGCAUGACAGCAGAGGCAAGGCAGACUCCCCGAUAGAGCCCACGGCGGUGGGCAACGAGAACAGUAUAGAGACCGCGAGCGAAGCACAGGAGAACGAUGCGAGCGAGCACAAGAUCGCGCUCAUAGACAACACGACGGACGAGGAAUCAGAGACCGUGAUGAUAGAUGGCCAAGAGCCGGUAGUCAUUGUUCCAGCUGCGAGUGAAGGGCCGGUGGAGAAGACAGUUGAUGGACCAGCGGACACUCAGCCAGAAGAGGAGAAGGAGCGGGCAGACUUGGAGCCCGGAGCGGAGAAGGCGUCGUCGGACGGAGCAUCACCACCACCUUUGGCCGACGUCGACGAGGAGAGAGUGGAAGAGGUGAAAGCAGAGGCAGCGUCAGCAGCCAUGUCGGCCAGUGUCAGUGCAGAUACCAUCAUGACCAACGGCUCCUCGACCGGCGAUGAGGCUGCGGCCGACGAGACUCUCAAGGCGACAGGGGGAAAGACGGAGAGCAUCUUGCCGCCGCCAAAGAGACCGCCUCCCCGGAGCCGAAACAGACCGGCCAAGGGCGCAGCAAAGGGCAAGUGAUGGACAUGACUCUUUAAUCACAUCGGCUUUUUACUAUUGCUUGCGUGGGUGUGAGAUGGUACUGUAUACGGUGGGCUGUUUGCGUACCAGUCAUUCUAUUUUAGAGAGAGAGAGUCCGUCGUACUGUCAGAUGACUGAUAUGACUGAGGGUCUUGUGGCUUUGGCUGAGCAAAGACGCCGAGCAGAGACAGCUAGCUGGUUGUCCCGAGGUGGGGACCAUGCGUCCCGGAUCUUUCUUGCCGUCAGGGUCAGGCUUCACAUCUACUCUCAAGGCU